AUGGCAAAGGAAGGCGCUGGCAUGGGAGACAGUGCGGGGCUGGGCAAUGGAUAUGUUUCAAUCCUUCCCAUGUCCGACAACGGUUGCAGUCUCUCUGGGCAGCAAAGACAGCAAGUCGUCAAGCCCAGGAUCAAGAGAAGGAAGAAUCCUGAGGCCCACGAUCCUUCGGAAGCCUUCCCAGUCGUGCUGAGCGCAGAGCUGCUGAAGAAACACUUUCACUUGCCACUAUGCGUUGCCGCCAAGAAGAUUGGGGUUUGUACGACUGCGCUCAAACAGGGAUGUCGAAAGAUUGGAAUCAAGAAGUGGCCUCAUCGAAAGAUCAAGAUGUUGGAGCGAUGCCGCGCUAUCAACACAAGGAAAGAAGGAGGCAGCAACGAUCAACUUCAGGACUUGGAACGAGAGCUAAGCGGUAUAGAUGGAGCUUGCGACUUGUUGGAGUCCCGCAACGUCAACAGCAUGCUUGAUAGCGAUGACAAUUCUUCCAUCUGUCCUUCAGAGAUGUCACAGGCAUCGACAGCAGGACUUCAUAUCGACGACAAAAGUCGAUCUGCAGCAUCCAUCGCAGCGUUGUCCAAUCAGAUGGGAAGGGACGACAUCUUCGCGCGCAGAAAUUCCAUCUGGGAGAAUGUUGUGAGAAACUGCGACGUGUCCGGGGAGAUGGACGAUAGGAGUUUGACCUCGUCGAACAACGAUGCCUUCGAGGACAUGCCGGACUACAACUAUUGGGAAUCAGGAUCUCAAGCGCUUCUGAGGCCUUUGAAUCAAGCGAUCAGAGGUGGCUUCUUGGACAAUCAGAGCUCUCACCGUGGGUCGGAGGAUGAAGACAGGGCAUCUCCUGCAUCAAACCAUAGUGGAUCCAGCAUUCCUGCGUCCCUCUUCACUUCCAACUGGAUUCAGAACUUGCAGAAUCGAGUCCCGAAGACGGAGUUCAGUGAUGACGCUGCUUCACAAGAUUCUGCACGCGGGGAUCGGGCGAGUAGCACGAAAGAUGCAGGAGAGGAGUCUCUUGCAUGGACUGCCAUCCACGAGCUGCAGAGCAUGCAGACUCUCACUCAGGCGCUUCUUACCGAGCAUGCGAACAUGGUGAACGAGCUUCUGAGCGCACAAGAGCUGCUGCUGAAGGAGCGGAAGCACUGCCGUGAGCUGCAGGACAACAUCAAUGAGCUCAAGAAGACAGUCUCUCAACUGCAGAUGCAGACAAGAAAUGUAAAUGAUAUGAGCGGAACCCUCGUCGCCUAA